CUACAAACCCGACCAGUCUAUCAGUUAGUUAGCGGCACGUUGGUCGUUGUUACCAGAAAUUGAGAACCAAAACUUAGCUGAGUGGGACCCAAAAGCCAAAUUUCAGCACCUUCCUUUUUCACAACCAUAAGUGAAUCACAACUUCGUAACCGUCGGAUCAUUUCAGCUCCAUUUCAUUUUCCGUUACCAUCCAACGGCUAUUAUCCAAUCCCCCAAAAAAAAAAAAAAAUCAUCUUCUUUCAUUUCCUUCUUCUUCCUCCUUUCUUUUUCAAUCUCUCCGGCCGACAAAACUAAAACGCCGUCGUCCAAUUCUCUCAACGAAAUUUUUUUCCCAAAAAGCUAAAAUUAAAAAAAUAAAAAUAAAAAAAAACCAAAAAAUAACAGAACCUAUACAUACACAUAUAUUUAUAGAGAGAGAAAGAGGGAGAGGAAGAUAUAGAGAGAGAGAAAUGGGUGUGGAUUACUAUAACAUACUGAAGGUGAACCGGAACGCUAGCGACGACGACCUGAAGAAAUCGUACAAGAGGUUGGCGAUGAUUUGGCAUCCCGAUAAGAAUCCGGCGAGCAAACGACCUGAAGCCGAGAACAAGUUCAAGCAAAUCUCCGAGGCCUACGACGUCCUCAGCGACCCUCUGAAGCGUCAGAUCUACGAUCUUUACGGCGAGGAAGCGUUAAAGUCCGGACAAUUUCCACCUCCGCCGUCGUCGGCCGCGUCGUCUUCGUCGUCGGCGGCGGCUGCGGCGGCGAGGAAUUUUCACAAUCACAAUCGGCAGCAGCAUCCGAAUACGUCGUUCAGGUUCAAUCCCCGCGAUGCCGCUGACAUUUACGCCGAGAUCUUUGGAUCGGAGGCCGGUGCCGGUGGCAGGAGUACCAGUAAGGCGUAUAGGGAUGGAUUCUUCAGGACGUCGAACGGGACGACCUCCGGAGAGUUUUCCGGUGGGAAUGCGAGUCGGAGUGGGGCAUAUAGGAAGGCCAAUGCGGUGGAAAAUGUGUUGCCGUGUAGCUUGGAGGAGCUUUACAAAGGAGUGAAGAAGAAGAUGAAGAUUUCCAGGGAUGUUUGCGAUGCUUCUGGGGUUCGGACGGUGGAGGAGAUACUGACCGUUGAGAUAAAACCUGGAUGGAAGAAGGGAACAAAAAUAACCUUCCCUGAGAAAGGUAACCAGGAGUUCGGUGUCAUACCUGCAGAUCUAAUCUUUGUGGUAGAUGAGAAACCGCAUGCUCUUUAUAAAAGGGAAGGAAAUGAUUUGAUUGUCAACCAGGAAUUAACACUACUGGAGGCUCUCACUGGUAAGACCCUUGACCUAACCACCCUGGAUGGAAGGAACUUACUGUUCCCUCUAACAGAUAUCAUUAAGCCCGGGGCAGAGGUUGUCAUCCCAAAUGAAGGAAUGCCAAUCUCAAAAGAACCCGGAAAGAAAGGAAAUUUGAAAAUCAAGUUUGAUGUAAAGUAUCCUUCAAGGCUUACCGCCGAACAAAAAUCUGAUCUGAGAAGAGUUCUGGGAGGAGUUCAGUAAUGAUAACUACUUCAAUGUAAAGAGUAUUGAUAUGAAUGGAUACGCCCAAGGCAGCAGUAUACUGGCUUAGACACAGAGUCAUCCUCAAGUGUCUAAUCUGGUAUACCGUAUGGUGGACAACGCAGAAUUUUGUUGAUGUACAUAAGCGUCAUCGUCUAAGGAUUGAAGAAUGUGAAUACUAGGAAAGUACAUGGUUGAAAGCAAUAGUAGGUUUCAGUUUAAGGUCUUCCCGGUUCAAUGGAAGGAUUCUUUUAGAAGUAGAAUUAGACAUCCAGGGGAAGGAAAAAAAAAAAAAAAAAAAAAAAACACAAAA